CUCUCUCUGCCAAUUGCUCUCUGCCUCACUCUUGUCCCGGGCACCAUGGCCACCUGCAGCCGCCAGUUCACCUCCUCCAGCUCCAUGAAGGGCUCCUGUGGCAUCGGUGGCUCCAGCCGUGUCUCUUCCUGCCGUGGCCCCAGUGCUUACGGAGGCCUGUCGGUCACCUCCUCCCGCUUCUCCUCCGGGGGGGCCUGUGGACUGGGGGGUGGCUACGGCGGUGGCUUUAGCAGCAGCAGCAGCUUUGGUGGAGGAUAUGGUGGUGGCCUUGGUGCUGGCUUUGGCAGUGGCUUUGGUGGUGGCUUUGGUGGUGGCUUUGGUGGUGGCGAUGGACUCCUUGCUGGCAAUGAGAAGGUGACGAUGCAGAACCUGAACGACCGCCUGGCCUCCUACCUGGACAAGGUGCGGGCCCUGGAGGAGGCCAACGCCGACCUGGAGGUGAAGAUCCGAGACUGGUACCAGCGGCAGCGGCCCAGUGAGAUCAAAGACUACAGCCCCUAUUUCAGGACCAUCGAGGACCUAAAGAACAAGAUCCUCACUGCUACCAAGGAGAAUGCGCAGUCUGUCUUGCAGAUUGACAAUGCCCGGCUGGCUGCCGAUGACUUCAGGACCAAGUUCGAGCAUGAGCAGGCCCUGCGCAUGAGCGUGGAGGCCGACAUCAACGGGCUGCGCAGGGUGCUGGACGAGCUGACCCUGGCCAGGACUGACCUGGAGAUGCAGCUCGAGGGCCUGAAGGAGGAGCUGGCCUUCCUGAAGAAGAACCACGAGGAGGAGAUGCUUGCCCUGCGCGGCCAGACGGGCGGCGACGUCAACGUGGAGAUGGACGCGGCCCCCGGCGUGGACCUGAGCCGCAUCCUGAACGAGAUGCGCGACCAGUACGAGCAGCUGGCGGAGAAGAACCGCAGGGACGCCGAGGCCUGGUUCCUGAGCAAGACCGAGGAACUCAACAAGGAAGUGGCCUCCAACAGCGAGCUGAUCCAGAGCGGCCGCAGCGAGGUGUCCGAGCUGCGCCGGGUGUUGCAGGGGCUGGAAAUCGAGCUGCAGUCCCAGCUCAGCAUGAAAGCAUCCCUGGAGAACAGCCUGGAGGAGACCAAAGGCCGCUACUGCGUGCAGCUGUCGCAGAUCCAGGGCCUGAUCGGCGGCGUGGAGGAGCAGCUGGCCCAGCUGCGCUGCGAGAUGGAGCAGCAGAGCCAGGAGUACAAGAUCCUGCUGGACGUGAAGACGCGGCUGGAGCAGGAGAUCGCCACCUACCGCCGCCUGCUGGAGGGCGAGGACGCCCACAUCUCCUCGGGCCAGGCCUAUUCUUCCCGGGAAGUCUUCUCGUCCUCGUCCUCGUCCUCGACCUCCCGCCAGCCCCGGCCCAUCCUCAAGGAGCAGAGCUCCGCCAGCUUCAGCCAGGGCCAGAGCUCCAGGAACUGACGCGCCUCAGCCAGGACACCGCCGCCGCCUGCGGCCCUCUUGCCCCGGCCCCUUGCGGCCCUGCCUCCCCCCUCCC